AUGAAAUGCUUGGAAGUCCAGUCCCAAGACUGGAAAAAGACCAAGACUGAACUGAACCCGGACUGCCCAAGACAGGAAAUUUUCAGGACUGUCAAAGACCACAACCGUGGUCCAGUCUUCAGUCUCUCACAAUUUCGGAAAUUUCGAGACCAACGAAAGACUGGUCUAACCGGUCUCAACCGGAAGUCACGGCAAUGUGCAGCCACAACACCCCGCCAUGCGACUACGACACACAUGACGUGGCAGCCACCACACAACACCAUGAUCACCAGACGACCCAACACCACGACCACCAAAACCACAACAUGGCCACAACACAACAACAACAUGACAGAGGAUGAGGCAGAUGACGACGACAGAUGUGGCAACCACACGGCGAACAGUGACAUCUGUCACCAUUCGUCAUCCUCCUUCAUUCAGUACCAUGUCGCCAACAGCGACGUGGCCACCAAACAAAUGUGA